ACAAAUUGUGUUGUAUUUAUGAAUUGUUUGAAUUUUUUGAUUUUGUAAAUAAGAAAUGUGCUGUGCAUGUAUGAAUUUUUUCUUUGUAAGUGUAUUAUUUUUGAGACUGGUCUGCCUUCAUACAAAAAACAGUACUUUUUACUUUUAUUUUGUAUGCAUUGGUACAUAAUUCAUAUUGAUUAUUAGAAGGUAAUAAAAUACAAUAUAUAUAAUACUUGAUUGAUAAUUGUAAUUUGCAUGUAGAUACAGUAUAUAUGUAUAGUAAAGUAAAAAAAAAUGUACUAGCUACAUUAACCCCACGUUUGCAAUAUAGAUAAAUUACGUAGCCUACUUUAUAUUAUUGGGUUUAUUUUUAACAAACCACUGAUGACGCAACUGAGUUUACAAGUUCGCAAACCGGCCAAGCCUGCUGACAGUAUAACUAGCAGCUGUACCCAAAACAAACAGUCAUUGUGUAGCAGGUUUUGAAGGCAUCCAUAGAGUCUGUGGAAUCUGUAGCCCACAAUCAUGUGAAUUAGCUUUUCCACGGAAUGAGCUUCACGCGGAGACUCCCAGCCGGCGCUGAUUGGCUCGCUCUUCCACAGCUUUCCCGGUGAUUGGUUCGCGGGGGUGAAGCGUCAGGUCUCAAGCAACACAGGCUGAACCUUGCUUGUAUCAGAGGGUGGAAUAAAAGUUUGCAGGCAAACUUUUGAGUAGAGACGCAGAUUUGGACUUCUGGACAAGUGCACUGGUUGGGCGUUGUUACUGUUAAACUGGAACUAUGAAAAGUUUCAAACAACGGCUUAAGAAAAACGAGAGUACAGAAUGGGGAAAGUAUGAUGAGCGUCUGUUGAAGGCAGCAGAGACUGGCGAUAUAGAGAAACUCACAGCCACACUCAAGAAAGGAGCCAACCCCACCAAACUAGACCCAGAGGGCCAUUCUGUGUUUCAUGUUGCUGCUGGAAAAGGCCUCAUUAAUAGUCUUAAUGUUUUUCUGGAUAAUGAAGUCGAUGUGAAGGCUGUAGAUGCUGCCGGCAAAACAGCUCUUCAUCUGGCUGCAGCCGGCGGUCACUCUGUGUGUGUGCAGAGUCUGCUGCAGAGUAAAUGUCCUGUUGACAGUAUAGACCUGCAGGGGCGUACAGCUUUGCAUGAUGCAGCAUAUCUAGGCUGCAAAGCUACCAUCAAAGUGCUCUGUGACAGCGGCGCAUCUGUUGAUGCUGUUGAUGCAGAUGGUCGAUCACCUUUAUUGCUUGCGGCUAAGAUGAGCCAACCAGCAGCCUGCCAGAUACUCAUUCAGUAUGGUGCUCGCACCGUUGUCCGAGACAAGCAAAACAAGACUGCGCUAAUCUUAGCUUGUGAGAACUCCUGUAAAGAAGCGGUGGAGAUAAUCCUGAAGACUAAGGCUGAUGUUUUUGCUAUGGAUGUUCAUGGGCAUGACGCCUAUCACUAUGCCAGAAAAAGCCAGAAACAGGACUUGAUCACACUUGUCCAACAUGCACUGGAAAGUGCAAAAGCUAAAGACAUUGGCAGUUCACAGAGGACUACACAGGCUAAACCCCCACCGGCAGGGAUUGGCUGGACCAAAGCAGGAUCAGUAAAGGCAGAAAAAGUUUUAUCAGAGCCCGUAACAAGGGAACAUGGCAGUCACUCCAAUGAAGGAAAAGGUGUCAAACAAGGUCAUAUUCUGGAUGCAACACAGGUCAGGCCCCCACAGUCGGCUCCAGCACCCGUGAGAUCUGCCCCGAUGGAGUUAUUGCCCGGCGAGGUGGAGGCCCUCAGGAGAGAACUACGAGAUGCUAGACGAAGACAAGAAGCAGCAGAGGCUGAGGUGCACAAGCUGGAUGCGGCACUAGCUCUGCGGGCUCAGGAAUAUGAAGCACUGAGAAGAUCCAGCGAACAAGCUCUUCACGCAUCCCACAACAGAGCAUGGGAGCUGGAGGAGGCAUUGGGUGAGGUUCAGAGAAGGAUGGCAGGAUCAGAAUCCCGCGUCAGGCAAAUGCAAGCUCAUCUAAUGGCCGUCAGAGAGCACUUGGUGGAGGAGCUGAGAGUCCAGCUUCAUGAGGUUAAAGGUCAGCGGGAGGCAGCCGUAGCCGAACUGGGAAGAAUGCAAAAGGAGCUCCAUCAAAGCAGGAGGGAUGUGGAGAAGCAGAAGGAGAAUCAGAACUCCUUGAUGCAGGAACUCAGCCGGCUUUCUCAGGAGCUGCUCAGUAGGGAAGAGCUAAUAAACACAUUGAGAACCAGGCUAGCAGAUAUAGAGACCAACCAUGCAGAGAUGUUUUGUAAAGAAGCUCAGACUCCAUCAGAAUGGUGCAGUAAACAUGAAAAGAGCACCAUCACCGAGACGUGUGGAGAUAAUGUUGAUCUGGAGAACUACAUUAGCAAGGACGAGCAUGCAGUUAUAGCUAGCUCGCUGAGUGAUGCACUGAAACAGGUUGAAACCAAAGCCAACGAGGCUCUACUGAAGCACCAGUGCAUUCUGGAGGAGAACCAGAGCUUGUUGACAGAACUUCAAGAGCAAAAAUUAGAACUGGAUACUAUUCAGGAGGCUCUGCAGGCUAGGUUUGUUCCUGCUGCCAUAGUGGAGGAAAAGGAAAAAGAGGUAGAGCAACUCAAAGUGGCUCUGGCAGAGAUGGAGAGGAGACCAAACAAAGUCCCAAACACUAAAGAAGAGGGCGUUCAGACUGAAGAACAGAGGUCAUGCUCUAGUGAGGUGCAGCAUAACCAAGUGUCAUCGUCUAGUGAGAGUAUCAGAGCACAGGCUGAAGACGCUGGAUCUGCAGGGGAAAAUGUGAAGAAAACUGAAAUUGAAAGCAAAUGUCACACAGCUGUGAAUCAGGAGAGCACAUCAUCUGAUCAUGUGUGUGAGGGGUCAGUGUUGGAGCAUGAGGGUCAAAUGUUGGCUCAGGUCAGCAUAUCUUCCUCCAUCAGUUCCUGUGAAGCAUCACAGUCUGACAGCUCUCUGCAGGCUCAGGUCUACAGCCUACAAAAACAGCUAGAGGAGUCUGGGAGGCAUUACAGACAUGUGCUUUCAGUAUACAGAACACGGUUGCUCAGUGCAGCACAGGGUUACAUGGAUGAAGAGGCAAGAGUGGCUCUGCUUCAGAUCGCUAAAAUGAGGGAGGAGUGUGUGUGCUGAGCAUUCAUGUUUUCUGUUCCUGUAUAUACAUUUCUGCUCAAAGAUCUAGAAUCUGUCAAACCAACACAAUCUCACGGCAAUUCGUAUAUUUUUGAUUCAGUGGCUAAUUCAUUUGAAUUCGUACGAUCUAAUUCAUACAGUUUAGUACGAUUUGCUCAUCACCCAAUGAUGGUUGGGGUUAGGGGUGGGGUUUCUUGAAUCGUACAUUUUCUUACAACUGAACUCAUACGAAUUCGUACGAAUUAGCCACUAAACGGACAAAACGUAAAAUACUUAUGUUUCCUCGUGAGAUCAGGCUGGUAAAAAUUCAAUGUUUUUGUGCUUAUGACUGCCGUUAUUUGAUCAAAAAUGCAAAGAAACAAUAAUUUUACAUUAUUUCAGUGAUAAAUAAUGGUUUUGUUUUUAUUUAAAUGUCUUAAUUUGUAUAUUCUGUGAUGCAAAUGCAUUUUUAGUUGAUGUCUUAAUAUUAUUAUUAUUAUUAUUAAUAUCAGUGUUGAUUUUGCAUCAACCUUUUUUCGAGUAUUUACUGUCACAAGAUCCUUCAGAAAUCAUUCAAACGCUCAAGAAACAUUUCUAUACAGACCAAUGUCAUAAACAGUUGUGCUGCUUAAUAUUUUUGCGUGAGACUAUAAUACUGUGUUCAGGAUUCUUUGAUGGACAGAAAUGCAUUACGAAUAUUUUACUUUCUAUUUUGAUCAAUUUCAUGCAUUAUUGCUAAAUAACACUAAUAAUGUUAUGUAGGAUUUUUAAUCAUUUUAUUCUUGUACAUAAACUUAUUGGCUUUUGGAUAAUUUAAACUACAAAUAAAAUGUAAAAUAUUGAAAAUCUACAUGUGUAUUUGAUGACUAAGGGCUCUAUUUUUGACGGUGCAGGGCGCAAACGUAUUCAGGGUGUCACCGACUCGGUCCCAGUCAUUCCCCUCACUGGCCAGCAGAGGUCAUCAUCACCAGACUUCUGACAUUACGUCAUUCCCAAAGACUGAUUGUUACACACACCUGCAGCACAUCUCCUGAUUACCACGCUCACACAUAUAAGCAACACACACUCACCUCAGAGCGAAGUCUUGUUCUGCCCCAGUAAACACUACUGAGCGUUCCUUAUUCCUGCCUGCUUUCCCCGUUGCUAACAUGGACUGUAUAUCGACCUUGACUUGAACCCAGCCUGAAUACCUACUCUGAUCCUAGCCGCCAGCCUUUGACCCAUGCUUGUUUACUCACCCUGUGUUUGCCUGCUGCCAGCCCUUCGACUUGAUACAACUGUGUUUUAUGCAAGUUCACACACAGGUAACAUCUGUGUGCUUGUUAUUAAACUCUGUUUAAUAAAUAUACUGCAAAUGGA